AUGUCCAAACCGGUUGCAUCGCCGACCCCAGCGUCUGGCAAAAGCACUUUCUCAGGCCAAGCCGCGCUGCCAAAGUUACCGAUACCACCCCUGGACGAUACCUGCCGUCGGUAUCUAACCGCUCUCAAGGCAUUGCAAAACGACCAUGAACAUCAGUUAACGCAGGCUGCGGUGAAGCAGUUCCUGGAGAAAGGUGGAGAGGGCGAGAAGAUUCAGGAGGUCCUGAUUAAGUGGGCAGAGAAGAAGGACAGCUACAUUGAAGAGUUCUGGUAUGAGUCGUACUUGUCCCACACCGAUCCAGUUGUACUGGCUCUCAACCCGUUCUUCGUUCUCGAGAAUGACCCUACUCCUGAUCGAGGCUCUCAACUUCCACGAGCUGCUGCACUGAUUGUCUCGUCUCUGGGUUUUAUUCACGACCUGCGAGCAGAAUUGCUGGAACCGGACAAUGUUCGAGGAGUUCCGCUUGACAUGGACCAGUACAAGAGGCUCUUUGGCACCGCCCGCAUUCCAACUGAGAGAGGCUGUAAGAUGCAUGUUAACCCUGAUUCGCGUCAUCUGGUUGUGCUUCGUCGGGGCCAGUUUUACUGGUUUGAUGUGCUUGACGAAGAGAAUCGGCCACUGUUGACAGAACGCGAAGUCAUCCGUAAUCUGCAGGCCAUCGUGACCGAUGCCGACAAGACACAUAGAUCCGAGGUGGCUCGCAGUGCGAUAGGUGUUUUAUCGACCGAGAAUCGAAAGGAAUGGUCUCGCCUUCGAGCCAGACUAUCAACAGACAGCAGCAACGCGUCAUGUUUGGAUAUUGUUGACAACGCGCUGUUCAUUGUCUGCUUAGAUGAUACAGCGCCAGCUGACCUGGCUGAGCUCUGCGCUAACUUCUUGUGUGGAACAUACGGACUCGAUAGCGGGAUUCAGAUCGGAACCUGCACUAACCGGUGGUACGACAAAUUACAGAUAAUCGUUUGCGCGGAUGGAGCCGCGGGAAUCAACUUCGAGCAUACUGGUGUAGACGGCCACACUGUCCUCAGGUUCGCUGCAGAUAUAUUCACAGAAGGCCUGAUGCUUCUCGCUCGGUCUAUCAACCCUUCUGCUCCCACACUGUUCCACGCAUCAUUGUCCCCACACGCACGCUCUUACAAGGUCAAGCCCAAGACCAACGGAGUCUCGCCUCCACCUCCGGAGAAGAUCGACACUUCUCCAAAGAAACUCGAAUGGAAGCUCUCUUCUGAGCUUCGCGUCGGCAUUCGAUUUGCGGAGACUCGCUUGAGCGACUUAAUUUGCCAGAACGAUUGUCAGGCACUCGAGUUCAGGACCUAUGGCAAGAAUUUUAUCACGAGUCAUGGAUUCAGUCCCGAUGCGUUCGUUCAAAUGGCCUUCCAGGCUGCGUAUUUUGGACUUUAUGGGCGAAUUGAAUGUGUAUACGAACCCGCCAUGACCAAGGCCUUUUUACAUGGGCGAACGGAGGCUAUUCGUUCAAUCCAGCCCGAAAGUGUCGCCUUCACGAAGACCUUCUACUCGGAUGGUUCGCCAUCAGAGAAGAUUGCAGCCUUGCGAAAGGCGUGCGAGCGACAUGUUACGCUAACAAAGGAAUGCAGCAAGGGCCUUGGACAAGACAGACAUCUUUAUGCGCUUUACUGCCUCAUCCAGCGUCAACUUGCUGGUAACCUCAACCCGCUUCCUGACGACCCCGCGCCUUGGCCGGAAAGCCCCAGCAAGAUGCCCGCAAUCUUCACCGACCCAGGUUGGGAGCUUCUCAGCACGUCAAUUUUGUCGACCUCGAAUUGUGGCAACCCGGCCUUGAGGUUGUUUGGCUUUGGUCCCGUUGCGGCGGACGGAUAUGGAAUAGGGUAUAUCAUCAAAGAAGACGGGCUGUCGAUAUGCGCUUCGUCGAAGCACCUCCAGACACGACGAUUCCUUCACACUCUCCGGAGCUAUCUGCUCGAAGUACAGCGCAUUCUGAUUCAACUCCAUCGUGACGCGAAUGAACGCCCCGCGCCGUUUGUUGACCAUAGCGGAAUUUUGCGUGACUCCAAGACCGGCCGAGCAAUUAACGGACAUAUCGAUACUGACGACGAAGACGAGAUUGAGAUCGCUGGGUACUCGUUCUUUGACACGGGAGACGUCAAGCUGCUGGGCCAGCGAAAAGUCAGCCCGUAUUCCAAUGUUGGGAAAGUGAUCCAGAUUGCGGAGUAUUAG